UCAGUCUGAUCCUGACCCUGAUCAUGACCCUGACCCUGACCCGGGCCCUCAGUCUGGCCCUGGCUCUAGCCCUGAUCCUGACUCUGGCCCUGGCCCUGAUCCAAGCCCUGAUCCUGACCCUGACACUGGCCCUGAAUCUGUCCCUAUCCUUGACCUUGGCCCUGCCCCAAGCCCUGACUCUGGCCCUGAGCUUCCCUCUAACCCUGACCCUGGCACUGAUGCUGACCCUGAUCGUGACCCUGACCCUGAACCUGGCAUUGAGUCUGGCCCUGACCAUGGGCCUAAUCCUGACCCUGACUCUGGUCCUGACCCUGACCCUAAUCCAGGCUCUGCCCCUGCCCCUAAUCCUGACCCUGACUCUGGCCCAUUCUCUGACCAUAACCCUGGCCCUAACCCUGAGCCUUACCUUCACCCUGACCUGGGUACAGAUUGUGGGCCUAACUCUGGCCCUUGCUCUGACCCUGACACUGACCCUGACUCUGACCCUAAUCCUAUCCAUGCCCAUGGGCUUGGUCCUGGCUCUGGCUCCAGUCCUGGCCCUGAAUCUGGUCCUGCGUCUGACCCAGACCCUGGCCCUGUCUCCUGAUCCUGACUGUGACCCUGGCCCUGACCCUCACCCUGACCUUGACCUUGACCAUGACCUCAGCAUUGCCAGUUUUAGCUCUCCUCUCCCUGACUUGGCCCCACAACAGGCAGCCUGUCACUAUGUCUCCCCAUGAUCCCAAGGCUUCCUGUGCUCCUCUACAUGCUCACCCCAGUGACCCCAGUCCCCACUACCCACCAGCCAGGGGGUUUCCUUCAAGGCUUUUCUAGGGCCCCAGGGCAGGAGGCCUCAGGUCCAGAAGCCGUCUAGGGCCAGCCCAGGUAUGGCUCCCCACCAGGGAGCCCAGCCCAGCAGAGCCAGAGGCAGAAAGGGGGUGCUUGGUGGGGAGGCUGGGCAGAUCGGUGGGGGAUCCUGGGAUCCUACCCUCCAUCACUGACCUGCUGUCCACAUGAGGACAAGGGCCACAGGUGAACUUCCUGCCUCGUCCCGACUCCUUUAAGCCACAACAGGUGUCUGUACCCUGGACAUGAACAGGACAGGAGGGCCUCUGCAGACCAAGAGGCUGGGAUCAUGCGGUGGGACUGUGCCAGAUUGGACUAUAGUUGUGAAGGUCCUGGCUCAGGUGGUGGGACAGGGCAGAGACCCUUGCCUAGACAGAGCAGUGUAGACACUAGGGUCCAGCUCCACAUUCCGGUGGGCAGUCAGGAGGGACUUGAGCACUGUCACCUGCAUAGUGCUGCCCAGGUUGAUAAUGGAGGGGCCUGUCCUAGGGCCAAGGCUGAUCCUCGGCAGGCUGAUGUCCUGGAGCAUCCCUACCCUUGUAGGAGCCAUGCUGGUCACUGCUGCCACCCACUCUGGCCUCCAGAGAUGUUCCCCUUCACAGCUCUGGCCCAAAAAUGAACCCAAGGGCUUUCCCGUGCGGGACUGGACACUUAACAGGACCUCACCCAGGGCUCAGGAUUGGCCAUGGGUAGCCUGAGCCUGGGCAGCUGGACUCCUUGCCAACUCCUCACACACAGUUGUGCAAAGUGGACACACUUGUGGAAGAUCAAAUUAAAGACAACAGAAUAUCUGUUCCCUGCCCCCUCCCUGGCAAGCAGAUGACUUUCCCCUGUCUCACCUCUGUGUGCCUGAUCAGCAUUGCCCCCACCUGAAGGAGCCACUGUUAAAUGUUCGGGAAUUCUGCAGUCCAGUCAGUAAACACAGGCAUUGUCAACAGUCAAGUUAUUUAAAUAUACACUUGAAUAAACCAUAUUAAAAACGAA